AUGAUGAACGACGCACAGGAAAUGUCUCCGGACUUUGUGCUGAUGCGGCUGGUGUCCGCGGCUGAGGAGCGGCUGGACGCGGAGAACGGGAACGUGUCUGCGGUGAACGGGGGCAAAGCGGCGCUGGAGCUGAGCAGAGAGCAGGGCCUCGACAACAAAGAGCCAGAGCCGCAGAGACACGAGGCCCCGGGCUUCGAGUUCAGCACGAGCCCCGGGCUCAGGCCGCAGCUGCUCGUGUUCCCGGAGCUGGAGCUGGACCGAGGUCCCGCUGUCAACAACAACAACAGCGGCCUGAGCGCGCAGGACGCGCCGCGUCCCCCGGACGAGCCCCCCGGAGCGGACAGAACCACGCGCGGCGCGGUCUUUGAGCUCGCGCGCAGGUUUGGAGAGCUGCCGCGGUGCUCAUGCCAGGCCCCCCACGCACCGGAGGGCACGGGGCCCGAGGUGGACGACCCCACGGAGACCAGUGACGCGCUGCUUGUGCUGGAGGGGUUGGGGGGCGCGCUGGAUGAACCGCAGAGCCACGCGGAGGACGCCGCGCGGCAGGACUUUCUGCUGCACCGGAAACGCGACAUCGUGCAGAAGAUGUCAGUGUCCAUCAGCAGCCUCCAGGCGGAGCUCACGCGCCAGGUGCAAGCGCACGUGCAGGGCGCCGAUGGAGGAGGCUCCUCUGACGUCACACAGGUAACAGCGAAGAGCCCAGUGUCACCAGGGCCACACUGGGCACGGAGUCCCAGUCCGGGACUCAUGUGCACGCCGAGCCUCACGUGCACGCCCAGGAGGAGACCCGAGCGCUGCUCGAGUGCUCCACGGACUCCGUGCACGAGCAGGGCUUCAGCUUCAUCAGGGGAGAAGACCCUGAAAGGGAAGUCCAAGAAAGGUCUGAAGGUGCGACUGAGUAAACUGUUCAGGACCAAGAGCUGCAGCGGCUCCUCACACCUCCUGGACAAGAGACCCUCCAUGACGUCAGUGUCAUCGUCCAACAGCCUCCUGGACGUGGGCGGGGAGCAGGACACAGCACACAGCCAGCCCAGACUGACCCGGGCCCACAGUGCCUUCUCUCCUGCUGCCCUCUCGGCUUCACUUGCUGCUUUUGCUGGUGAAACGGUUUCGCUGGUGGACGUGGACAUUUCUCGCAGAGGGACGAACACUCCGCACCCCCCCACUCCUCCCCCGCCCCCUCGACGCUCCCUCAGCCUCCUCGAAUGUUGGAGUGGAGAUGAUUUCGCGGGUGCCGUCCCGGUGCAGCGCGGCCCCUUCGUGCUCAGUGUGAUGGGGGCCUCUCUCCAGUCCCUCCCCCUGCCUCCCCCUCCUCCUCCCUCCCUCUCCAUCCACCACAGCCUCAGCCUCAACGACGCGUUCCUCCGGGCGCUUCCUCUCUCCGCCCCCUCUGCGGCCGAAGCUCCGCCUCCUCGACAAGCCCCGCCCUCUGUGCUCUGUGCCCUGAGGAGAUCUGAGGCUAGCAACUUCGCCGCCAGUUUACGGGAGCUCGAAAAGUGCGGCUGGUACUGGGGCCCGAUGAACUGGGGCGACGCAGAGAUGAAGCUGAAGGGGAAACCGGACGGCUCGUUUCUGGUCCGGGACAGUUCGGACCCACGAUACAUCCUCAGUCUGAGCUUCAGGUCUCAGGGCGUCACUCACCACACGCGCAUGGAGCACUACAGAGGAACUUUCAGCCUGUGGUGUCAUCCCAAGUUCGAGGAUCGUUGUCACUCGGUGGUGGAGUUCAUCGAGAGGGCCAUCAUGCACUCCAAAAACGGAAAAUUCCUCUACUUCCUGCGAUCUCGGGUCCCAGGUCUUCCCCCGACUCCGGUGCAGCUCUUGUAUCCGGUCUCUCGCUUCAGUAACGUCAAGUCUCUGCAACAUCUGUGUCGCUUCUGCAUCAGACAGAUCGUCCGCAUCGACCACAUCCGGGAACUUCCACUGCCCCGUCCGCUGAUCUCAUACCUGAGUAAGUUUUAUUACUACGACCCGGAGGAGGAGAUGUACAUGUCUGUGAAGAGCGUCCGACCCGCGGAGGAGGCCGAGGCCGAACCGGAGCCACAAACGUAG